UACAAAAAGCCCGGCCCAUUUAUUCUAUUUCAAUUUCAAUUAGCAUUUUCUUUCAUUAGGGCUUCGUUUCCUCCCAAUUUUUUUCUGUGAAAAAUCAAAAUUUUCUGGUGGGAGUCUCCGAUGGCCUCACUUUUCAAGGAUCCGACCAAAUUGUCGGCGUAUAGGGACAGAAGGUUUUCCGGGACGCAGGAAGAGUACGAGGAGGCACUACUGACCUCGACCACCGUCUACGUGGGCAAUAUGUCGUUUUACACGACGGAGGAGCAGGUUUACGAGCUGUUCUCUCGGGCGGGGGAGAUAAAGAAGAUGGUCAUGGGUUUGGAUAAGAACAGCAAGACUCCUUGCGGAUUCUGCUUCGUAAUGUACUACUCCAGAGAAGAUGCUGAAGAUACUGUGAAAUAUAUCAGCGGGACUAUUCUCGAUGACCGUCCUAUUCGUGUUGACUUUGAUUGGGGGUUUCAAGAAGGCAGGCAAUGGGGACGUGGGCGGAGUGGUGGGCAGGUGCGGGAUGAAUAUCGUACAGACUACGAUCCAGGUAGAGGUGGUUAUGGAAAAAUAGUCCAGAAAGAGUUGGAAGCCCAGAGGCAGUUAGUCGAUUAUGGUGCUGGAUCGCUAGAUUCAUUUGCACCUGUCAUGCAACCAAACUAUGGUAGGCAAGGUGGAAACUACGGUCAAGGGGGCUCCUACCGUGGCAGAGAUUACCCACGCAAGCGACAUAGAGAAGAUGACCGCCGUGGGUCAGAUUUUCAAAGGAGAAAGUCAGACUUCGUGUAUCGGAGAAAUCCAGAUAAUGAACCCAGACCUGAAAAAAAUCCGCGAUUUCGGGAGAGCGGCGAUUCAGACGAGGAGGAUGAUGAUGAUCGGAAGCGGUCGUCGUAGGCAACGUCUUCAGCCAGUUGGUUACUUAGUUUUAGAAAUAUAUGCUCAACUCUCUAUGCAUUGCUGCAAAAUGUGAUCCUCCCACUAUUUGUGCAAAGCACUAGUAUUUUUCUUGUAAAACGAAGUACUUAUUCAAAGCUAAGCUGUUGUAGAUUUUAAGAGGAAACUUUUUGUU